AUGCUUACCCGCUACAUCUGCCAUCGCCAUAUACUCCGGACCAACCGCCUGGCCCUCCUUCGUCCGCGCGAAUUCCACGACUCACAAUACCCGCCACUGCCACCAACCCUAGACUGGACACCCGGAGAACCCUCAGGGUCCAACCCCGAAGACCCCGAGACCCCGUCCGUCCCUAUACGGGCCGAUAGGUCUACCCGCAGGGUCGCUGCUAAGAGCAAAGGCGUCGUCGAGGUUGAUCUAAACCCCACCCUAGAUUGGUAUUCGGGCAAGCGCAACUCGGAUUUCUCUGCUAGCCGCCCAAGUUUGUUGGAUAUUGACAUUCAAGAGCCAAAAUUAAAUUGGUUGAAGAAAGGUUGGGCAUCGGAUUUGAGCGAGGAUAGCGACUUGUCAUUGUUAGCAGAGGAACUGGGAAGGCAGGCGGAGGAAUUGAAGGAGAAGGCAGCGAAAUUGAGAAGGAAGGAGCAGGGUUUGAUAAGGAAACUGCGAAGUCAGCCCGGUGGUAAAAGAGGCCCCGAAAAUCCGUUGGUGAGGAGGUACGAACUCGAUCCCAAGCCGGAAAUCGAGCCGAAGGAACAACUGGUCAUAAGGAGGCUUGACAGUGUGAAAAAGAAAAAGAAAAAGCAAAAGGGAAGACGGAAAGCACCCAAAGAGGAGGAGGAGGCAAAACUCGAAGUUUUACAGGAACCAUUGAAGGAUUCAAGUAAAUCUAGCGAAGAUCCUCAGGAACCUCUGAAGGAUUCGAACAAGCCUAGUGAAGGCCCCCACGAACUAGAGCAGGAAGAGGCUGCACUUGAGGAGUUAGAAGCACGAAAUUUCAGAAUUAGAUACGAGUACUCCACACUAGUCAGACGGGUACACGACAUAUCGGACCCGCGAAAACCUAGAACAGCUGUCACAGAAGAAUAUUUACAGGCACUCCCCUUUAAACACCAAGAGCCUCCAGUAAUAAGAAGGCUGUUGAACGCCCCACCGAACCUUGAGGGGCCUCCAAUAAGGAAGACAUUAGGACGACACUCACAGUCGAAGGUCAGGUUUGUAGUCACGAGGGGAUUCGGGUCUGCAGCAGUAGCAGUAGAAAUGGAAGAGGAGAAUGAAUAUUACGAAGACGUCACGAUCAACCAAGUUGAAGAGAGCACAAAAGAAAAGAUUGUGAAUGAAGCUAUUCCCGAUGAUACAAAUUUGAUUGGCGGGGAUAACGGGCAAGCUUCUCCAAAAGACAAUGCACCAGGGGCUAAGUGCGAUACCGAGGCGAAUUCCAUGGGUGAAAAUAGUAGCGCGGCCUCCGCACAGAAGCCACACGAUCUGAAACGUGUGAAUUUGGGAUCCUACCAGAAGGCUCCUUUGGAUGGCACCAAAAAGUCGAAAAAGCGUAAGGUGCACACCAAAGAAGUUAAAGAAGGUUCCAAUGAAGUAGUCCUUGGCUACGACAUCAAAGCUCUUUUGUCUAGCCUCAAUAUCGAAGAAUCUGGGGACGUCCAGCUGCCAGAAAGAGACGCGGAAAUCAAACUCACCGUUUCUAAACUCUCGUCUACGGGUGAAGGUCUCGCGGUCUAUAACGGCCGUGUCUAUACGGUCCCAUUUGGUGUGCCUGGAGACCAGGUCACAGCUACAGUUCGCCGACACAACGAUGAUCACUCAGUCUCAAAGAUUAUCAGCAUCGACCAGCCAUCGCCGGACCGUGAUGACUCCAUAGUGGGGUGCGGGUACUUUGGUACCUGUAAUGGGUGUCAAUUCCAGAUGCUUCCAUACGCCGUCCAGCUCGAACAUAAGCGAAAGGUUGUCCAAAGGGCCUUCAAAAACUUUUCGAAUCUCCCACCGGAGUUGAUCCCUGAGAUUGGAGUGACUAUGCCCAGUCCUUUGCAGUAUGGGUAUCGAACCAAGCUUACCCCGCAUUUCAACGGGCCACGAAGGGGCGGGUUUAAAGAACAUAUGCCGGUCCCAAACAUAGGAUUCUUUGCAAAAGACCCGGCAUAUGUUAUGGAUAUCGAGGAUUGCCCGAUUGGCACUGAUACGGUGAGAGAUGGAAUCACGGAGCGCAGGACGUUUGUCAAGGAGAACCUGACAACAGCAUUUAAACGUGGAGCGACAUUAUUGUUAAGGGAGUCAACCAUGAGGACAUACCUUGAAGAGGCGGGAGAGGACGGCAAAAAAUGGAUUGACAAGAAGCUGUGUAUCACUGAUCACAACGCAAGGAGCAUUGAAUAUAUUGGGGACUUGAAGUUUGAUAAUCCUGCGGGGUCAUUCUUCCAGAACAAUAACUCCAUCCUAGAAAGUUUCACUGCAUACAUCCGCGAGAACCUCAACCUCCCCGUCGUUAAAAAAGCCGAAGGCUCCACCGACGCCACCGAGACCGCCGCGCGGCCCAAGUACCUCGUAGACGCCUACUGCGGCUCCGGCCUCUUCACCAUCACCUGCGGUGAGGGCCUUGAGAAGGUGUGGGGUAUCGACGUUGACAAAUCCUCUAUCGAGUCCGCGCGCAAAAACGCCAAAGCAAACAACAUCGAGAACGCCGACUUCAUCGGCAGCACAGCCGAGGAUAUCUUUGGCAAGCUCACGUUCCCGGGGUUGGAGACGAGCUUGAUCAUUGACCCGCCGAGGAAGGGGUGCGACAAGCGUUUCUUGGACCAGCUGCUGGACUUUGCGCCGAAGAGGGUGGUGUAUGUUAGUUGUAAUGUGCACACGCAGGCGAGGGAUAUUGGGUAUAUCUUGUCGGAUGAGAAGGGUAAGGGGUAUAGGAUUGAUAGUAUCAGGGGGUGCGAUUUCUUCCCACAGACGUACCAUGUGGAGGGUGUUGCCGUCAUGACGAAGAUUGAUUGA